AUGAGCACUGAUAACACCACUUCUACUUAAAUGUCUGCCCCUAAAGAAAUUAAGACUGCUAAGAUUGUUGAAUUCGACUAUGCUGAAUUAGUUGAUAAGAGCAAGCCACUUUUUGAAAAGAUUAAAGAUGCUUAUGGCCCUGAAGGAGUCGGAAUUUGCUUAGUCAGAAACGUUCCAGGUUAUGUAGAAGCAAGAAAGAAAUUACUUCCUCUUGCCUUUAAGCUUGCUAACUUACCUAAGGAAAGUCUCCAAAAGCUUGUCAAACCUGAAUAUAUGCAUGCUAUUGGCUGGAGUCAUGGUGUUGAAUAAUUCAAGGGAAAAUUCGACUUCUCUAAGGGAUCUUUUUACGCUAAUCCUGUUUGCGACGUUCCUGAUGAGAUUAGUGAAGAAUAAAAAAAGGAUGGUGCUUUUGUUGCUCCUAACUUCUGGCCUAAGGAAGAACUUCCUGAACUUGAAUUUGCUUUCAAGGAAAUGGGUAAGAUUGUUGUUUCCACAGGUUCACUUCUUUCCUACCACAUUGAUGAAUAUGUCCAUAGCGUCUAACCUACAUACAAAUAGGGAACUUUAGAAGAUAUUGUUUCUGGAAGCAAAGCUCAUCUUGCUAGAUUACUCCAUUAUUUCCCUUCUAAUGAAUCUAAAGUAGUAGACGAUGACUGGUGUGGAUGGCACAAUGACCACGGAGCUUUGACUGGUCUUUGCUCUGCUAUUUAUACUGAUGAAAAUGGUGAAGUUGUCGAUAAUUUUUAUGAUCCCGAAGGUGGACUCUUUGCAAAGAAUAGAUUUGCUGAUUAAUAAAGAUUAAAAAUCCCUCAAGACUGUCUUGCUUUCUAAAUUGGCGAAACCUCCUAAAUCCUCACAGGUGGUAUCCUUGAAGCUACUCCUCACUGCGUUGUUCGUGGACCUAAAGCAAUUGGUACAAAAAUAAGUAGAAAUACUUUUGCUUGUUUCAUGCAACCUAACUUUGGUUAUCCUUUGCAAGUACCUGAAGGUAUGGAUCCUAAUGGAGCCGUUAACAGAGAAGCUUAUUCAGUUCCAGCUCUUAAAAAUAGAUGGGAAAAUGGAAUUAGCUACUUAAAAUACUCUUUCAAUUCAUUUGCUGCAUAUUCUUGA